CGCGCCGCUCCCAGGCGUCCUCGCAAGGUCGCUUUUCGGGGCGGGAGCGCGCAUUAAGUGGUAAGAUCCUAGUUCGUGGGCGCGCCCUGUCCUUUUGCCUUGGUACCAGCCGCGACAUGUCGGGGUACACUCCGGAUGAGAAACUGCGGCUGCAGCAGCUGCGAGAGCUGAGAAGACGAUGGCUGAAGGACCAGGAGCUGAGCCCUCGGGAGCCAGUGCUGCCCCCACGGAAGCUGUGGCCCGUGGAGGCAUUCUGGAAUAAGUUUUUGCAGAAUGGAAGCCCCUGGAGGAACAUGGUCUAUAAGGUAUACCGACACAGUCUCUUUGCUUUUACUCAUGUACUUAUACCGGUCUGGAUUAUUCAUUAUUAUCUCAAGUAUCAUGUGACUACAAAACCAUAUGCCAUCGUUGAAAGCAAGCCCAGAAUAUUCCCAGGUGAUACAAUUCUGGAAACUGGAGAAGUAAUUCCACCAAUGAAAGAAUUCCCUGAUCAGCAUCAUUGAAGAUUACUUAAAAAUAUCAAAGGCUUAUGAGCUCAAGUUUAUUCCUAUAUUACCAUAUUUACUGAACAUAUUUUCUGGAAAAGUAGCUUUAAUAAAGUUUACUCUGAGAAA